CCGUCUUUCUUCUCGCGCUCGCGCUCUGCUGGGUAUGGCAUGCACGCGAGCGGGUGCGCUCCUGUUUACAUGCAUGCCUGCAUCUGGGACAGGCUCUCUUAUGUGUGGACUGUCGCUGUUCCUGCUCUACGCCGAGAUUUUUCGGGAUCUCUUGCGCUUUGGGGAAUUGCGUGCUGAUUCGUUUUUUAUUUACCUAUUCAAUUCUUUAAAGGCCUCCUCUGUGCCACACUGCCGCUCUGGAGCGAUUUGGAUGUAAACUGCGCUCUGGCAGAAUGGGAUUGCCAAAUUUAGACUCCACUGCAUGACGUUUCUGCAGGUUACCAUCAAAAUGGUGGCUAGAGAGGCAAAUGGGCACAGCUACCUUAUGGCAUGCUGGCAGCCCAUUCUCAUCCUGAUGCUGGGUACCGUCCUGUCGGGUUCCACCACCGGCUGCCCCUCUCGCUGCGAGUGCAGUGGCCAGGAACGCUCUGUCUUGUGCCAUCGGCGGAAGCUCAUCGGCCUCCCCGAGGGAAUUCCCAUUGAGACGCGACUUUUGGAUCUCAGCAAAAAUCGUUUGAAAGCCAUCAACCCAGAGGAGUUUAUCAACUACCCCCACCUGGAGGAGCUACAGCUUAAUGAGAACAUCAUUGCAGUCAUCGAACCCGGAGCCUUCAGCAACCUCCUUGGGUUACGGACACUAGGAUUACGCAACAACAAGCUUAAGUUGAUUCAGCUGGGUGUUUUCACUGGCCUCAGUAACCUCACUAGGUUAGACAUUAGUGAGAAUAAGAUUGUCAUUUUGUUGGACUAUAUGUUUCAAGACCUCUACAACCUAAAAGAGUUGGAGGUGGGGGAUAAUGACCUGGUGUUUAUCUCUCACAGAGCCUUUCACGGCCUCAGUAGCCUAGAGCAGCUCACAAUGGAAAGAUGCAACCUGACCUCUGUGCCAACAGAGGCCUUAAGUCAUCUUCACAACCUGCUGUCCCUCAGGCUACGCCAUCUCAACGUCAACAUCAUUCAAGACUACUCCUUCAGGAGGCUCUAUCGACUCAAAGUCUUGGAGAUAGCAAAUUGGCCUCUUUUGGAGACCUUGACCGCUAGGUCUCUCCAUGGUCUCAACAUCACAACCUUGAGUAUCACAAACUGCAAUCUUACUGCCGUCCCUUAUUUGGCCAUUCAACACCUGGUGUACCUUCGCUUUUUCAACUUGUCCUUUAAUCCCAUCGAGGUUGUGGAGGGCAACAAAAUGCACAAUUUGCUAAGGCUCCAGGCAUUUCACUUGGUAGGGGGCCGGCUAGUCACUAUUGAGCCUUAUUCCUUUAGAGGACUCAACUACCUUCGGGUUCUCAACGUAUCCAGCAAUAGUCUAAGCACUUUAGAGGAGUCUGCAUUUCACUCGGUGGGCAACCUGGAGACGCUGGCUCUCCAUGACAACCCACUUGCAUGCGACUGUCGUCUACUCUGGGUCUUUCGCCGCCGAUGGAGACUCAAUUUCAACCGCCAGCAGCCAUCUUGUGAAACGCCAGAGUUUUUGCAGGGUAAAGAGUUUAAAGACUUUCCGGACGUUCUUCCGUCCAAUUAUUUCACCUGUCAAAAAUCAAAGAUCCGUGAUCACAAAGCACUUCAUAAGUUUGUAGAUGAGGGGACCACGGUUCAAUUCUCUUGCCAGGCGGAUGGGGACCCACCACCCGUGAUAAUGUGGCAGUCUCCGAAAAAGCAAUUCAUUACUACUAAAAGCAUUGGCCGGCUGUCGGUGUCCCCUGACGGAACCUUGGAGGUUAGAUAUGCCCAAAUACAAGACAAUGGCACGUACAUGUGUGUUGCCGUCAACGCAGGUGGAAAUGAUACCCGUUUGGCCCACCUUCACGUUCAUAGCUAUUCUCCUAACUGGCCCCAUCAGCCCAACAAGACCUUUGCCUUCAUUUCAAACCAGCCUAAUGAUAGUGGUUCAAAUGGGACUGGUGGUACAGAUCCGUUUCCCUUUGAUAUGAAGACUCUCAUUAUCGCCACAACUAUGGGCUUCAUCUCGUUUCUCGGAGUGGUGCUUUUCUGUCUGGUGCUCCUGUUCCUCUGGAGUCGAGGAAAGGGUAAUGCCAAGCCAAACAUUGAGAUUGAAUAUGUGCCACGAAAAAUAGAUGGAGAAAGCAGCCCAACUGAGGGAUCUCACAAGAUCAGUAUGAAGAUGAUUUAAUCACCGGCGUGCGUGCGUUACGUGAAUAGAUGUACUUGACUUACUUUGAUGAAUGAGGGAGUAGCUAUCCAUGCACCCCUUAUGGAAUUGAACAAUAUUGCAGAACAAUAAUGCAACAAAAGCCUUUUGCUUUUUUUUACAGACUGUACACAUCAAUCUCACAGGGAUUAUGUCUUCAAAGGGAAAGCAGGCAGGUGAUUUGAGGGUUUCAAAUAUCUGUGUAUUGUUUUGGUAAGUGUUAAAAAAAGCCAGAAUCCAGAGGACUGGUAUAUUUUCACCUGCCCUCUCAUCUUUAUUUCUGUACAUAAUUAUUUCAAUGUACAUUGGGCAAUACAGUGGUUAAAUGCAACAGAUCAGAGGUCAAGGGUGGUUAAGCCUACUGGAGUGCAUGUGCUAUAUAUAGAUACAUGCAAAGUGUAUAGGUCUAAUUAAAUCACUGUAAAUGUCCAUUAUCCACUCUUUAUAAGAGAUAAAUUUGUUUAAAAUGAUUUAUUGAUUAGGCUUGACAAUCAUAAAUAUUUCAAACGUCAAGUGUUAAUCGUUAAAUAUGAUUUGAUGGUGCAAUUUCAAUUCUGACACGUUACAUAGUAUCCUAAGCCAGAUGUAGCUUUGAAUUUAAAGCCAUUUGCUUUGAGUGAAAAUGUGGGGAACUUACUGGACCUGUGGUUGUAUUCACAAUAUAUCAUCUGACAGAUCGCCACAGUUUUUAUUUACCUACCGAUGAAAAGUUUACAAUUUUAUUGAGUUAGUCAUCCAGAUGUUGUUAAUUUGCCAUGCUGUAAUGCCAUUUUCUAUCAGUCUUGAGAGGCAGUCGAUGUGCGGUAGGUAAAUGUGUUCUUCAAACCCUUGCAACAGUGCUGAUUCGGGGACAGUGGAUGACUGUAAAACAUAUUAAAAUGACAAGCUUUUAUA